AUGCAAAGUUUGCAAACUACCGUCGCCAGAUUUAUCGUGAACUCUUUGCUUGAGAACAAGGACGGUCGGGAGGUCAGAAGCAUUGCGCGAUGGAGGCAUGGGAUCGGAGGAGGCAGUCUCGCCGAUGACGUGCUCCUCGACAUCAUGGACGGGCUUAUCUUCUACUUGCAGUUGCAGCACGUCGACCCCAAGGCGAGGAGCGGGCGCAGCAUGGAAGACGAGAGCUUCUGGAUGGAGGUUCUGCGAGUUUACCUGGAGCGAGGGUGGGUAUCUGACAAGAACCUGGAGUUGCGAUGGGAGAGCAGGAGGGAGAAGCUUAACCGAUCGGUUGUAUCCUCCUUCACCCGCCUUACUUCACUACACCUUCACGGCAUCUCCGCCAACGACGAGGUAGUCCAUGUUGCAAGCUCCCUGAAAUUUCUCGCGCACCUUGAGCUAGUCUGCGAUAAGGCAGUGCCGUCCGUCGGUACGUCGGGCACGAUGUCGUGCAAGAGAUGUUUACAGCUGACCCACGGAGAAGUGAGCUCGUCGUUUGUGUCGGACACAAGUUUGACAUGUCUGUCUUCCACGACCUCGCUUACCCACCUCAGCCUCCGUAACACCUGCAUCACCGACAGCUCUCUCCCUCUCCUCAAGCUCCUGCCUGCCAUCCGGACUGUCGACCUGUCAGGCAGUCACGUCACGGACGAGGGUCUGCGGUGGCUGGGGAGCACGACCUUCUCUGCGUUCAAGAGCUCGCAGUUCACCAACCUGUCACUUUCUGAUGUUUCGCUUCUCAAUGCUGCUGCUGCUGCUGCUGCUGCUGCUGCUUCUGCUGCUGUUGCUGCUGCUGAUGAUGAUGGAAACUACGAUGAUGUUGAUGGAAAUGAUGAUGAUGAUGAUGAUGAUGAUGAUGAUAAUGGAGAUCAUGAUAAUGGAGAUGAUUAUGAUGAUGGAGAUGAUGGAGAUCUAGAUGAUGAUGACGACGAUGACGAUGAUGACGAUGAUGAUGAUGAUGAAGAUGAUGAUGAUGACCCCGACGACGACGACGACGAUACAGUGGAAUGUGGUCUUGGUGGCGGAGUAGGAGAUGAUGAUCGUAGAAAUAAUUGCUCUCGAGCACCACUGGCGCGCUCCUUGUUUUUCUGA